AUGGAUGGGGACGCUGCGGACACUGCAGACAGCCCUAUACCGACCACCGAACCUACCCAGACUGAGGGCACGUCGAGCAUUACCGACGAGCAGUGGAAAGCACUACAGAAUGUCCUUAAGAAUGUAUACGCGUAUAGGCCAGAGCCAGGCUAUGAUCCUUCGAAGCUCUUCCAGCGGAUGGUCAACAAGCGAAGUAACCCAGGAUACUAUCAGGUCAUUACAAAGCCAAUGGCACUUAGUCAAAUCAAGGCCAGGCUUAGUAGCAAGGAGUACAAGAGCGUUGCAGACUGUGUACGAGACUUUGCCCAGAUAAUACACAAUGCGCAAGUAUUCAACAGGCCGAAAUCUGGAGCCUACCAGGAUGCGUUGGUGUUGAAGUCUUUUGUAGAGAUGGAACUCAACAAACUCUUGGAGGACAAGACCAUCACGGAAGAAGAUGCGAAAUUCCCGUAUCUGGGUGAGAUACCAGAAGCGGAUCCAGAGCCAGAGGAAGAGGAAGAGGCGGAAGAAGAGGAGGAGGACGAGGAGGAUGAGGAGGACGAGGAUUCCGACGAAGAUAGUGGAAGGCGGAAACGAAAGAGAGGCCCUCGUGGUGCGGCAUCCGUCGUCAAGCGCGAUGCGGCGGGCAAGCAAACAAUAGAGGACAUCAAGGCCGACCUAGAAGCACGGAAACGGCGAGGUCGACCGCCCAGGGUCGAUACGCCAAUGGAGGCCAGAAUCAAGGACAUUAUGAAGGGCAUACGCAAGCCUAGGAACCAGCUCAAUCAGCUCAUGGUUAGCUCCUUCGAGCGCGUGCCGGACAAGGCCGCAAUGCCUGAGUACUUUACCGAGAUCAAGCAACCUAUGGCGAUGGACAUUCUAAAGAGGAAGCUGAAGCGCAAGAAGUAUCAGUCAGUGGAUCAGUUUAUGAAGGACGUGGAACUCAUGUUUGAGAAUGCCAAGCAGUACAAUCAAGACGAGAGCCAGAUUUACAAGGAUGCCGUUUUCCUGCAGAAAGAAGCACGCCUAGUCGCAGAGCAAGUAAAGAAGAAGCCAGAUACGGACUUUGUCAUGGAGGAUGGCAGGCUUCCCAUGCCGAACGGUAUUCUGCACAAUGCAGAGCUCUGGAAGGUUGGAGACUGGGUUCACAUUCAAAACGCCAACGAUCUCACCAAACCGAUUGUCGCACAAAUUUACCGCACCUGGCAGGACAAUGACGGUGGCAAGUGGGUCAACGCAUGCUGGUACUAUCGACCUGAGCAGACCGUACAUCGCUUUGACAAGCAUUUCUAUGAGAAUGAGGUCGUUAAGACUGGGCAAUAUCGCGAUCAUCCCAUCGAGGAGGUGAUUGAUCGAUGCUUCGUCAUGUUCUUCACGCGCUACAACAAAGGUCGACCAAGAAACUUUCCGUCUGACAAGGAGAUUUACGUUUGCGAAGCGCGCUACAAUGAGGAGAAGCUCAAACUGAAUAAAAUCAAGACCUGGGCCAGUUGCCUGCCGGAUGAAGUCCGGGAGAAGGACUACGAAAUGGAUCUCUUUGAGGCCCCCAGGAAGAUGAAGAAGGUCCCGAGUCCCAUCGCCUACCUCCUUAAGGAUUCCCAGAAGGAAACGGAUGACAUGCCAAAACCUGAGUGGGGUGCUGAGAAUGCACCGCCGAAGAUAGGCGCGGUGCAUACAAGGCCGAGAGACCCCAAGGAUUCACCACCUCCCGAACCGACGCCAUCACCACCCCCGCCUCCUCCGCCUCCUCCACCACGUCAACCCUCCAUGUCACGACCAACUUCAACCACCUACACUGCCGACCACCGAACUGACUACAUGAGCGCCGCACGUACAGCCCAAACGCCAGUGCCAGCGCAGACACCUCAGCAACAUCACCCUUCACAAUCAUUUACUCCUUCUCAUCCACAACAGUACCACGGUCACUCCGCUUCACCAGCACCCAUUCAACCUUUGCCGACGCCUUCACAUCCCUCAACCUUUCAACCUCCCUCCCUAACUCCCCACCAAAGCUUCACCAGCCACGCUCCUACCGCCGCUCCACCGAUGUCAUCAUACUCCUCAACGCCAGUGCAACCACCACCAGGCUCCUACGGCCAACGCUCACAAAUCGCGCCCCCACCUCCCAUAGCCAACUACAAUGCCCCCAGAGCGCCAGAGGUCUAUCAUCUAGACAACAACGCCAAUGCGUCCAUCCCGAAAGAAAUCAGAGACCAGUUUCACUGCGAUGGCCAAGGUCGCGUGCUCUUCUAUACGACUCCGCCCGUUAAUGUGGAGAUACUGGAGAGGCAGGGCAGGGCGCUCGGACAUAGCGUCAGGUACCUCGCAGCGAAACAGAGGCGAGAGAUGGAGCUGAGGGCAAAACGGACCUUCGAUCAAGCGCAAGCGGGCGCAACGGAAGAAGCGCGGAAGAAGGCGAGGGUCGAAAAAGUUCUUCCGCCCGAGGAGGAAGUGCUCAGCCUUACGGCGAAGGCGCUUGAAUUGCUCGAGGACCAGCUUGCGGCGGCUACGCGGAACGACUAUGAAGCUUUACUUAACGGCAAGGCUCAGCAAGGUAUUGAGACGGAUGUGGAGAGGCUAGUGAGCAUGCGCUGGGAGGCGUACAAGAGGGAGAGUGAGAUGGCGGAAAGGGGGAAGGGGCGAAAGGAAAAGGAAGAUCCGGGGCUGAGGGGACUGACUGUUCUGAUGGAUGAUGUCGUUUAG